AAUGACGACUAUUGGAAACUAUAAGCUAAUAAAAAAAAUCGGAACAGGAGGCUUUUCAAAGGUAAUGCUUGCAGAAGAAGUCUCUACUGGCCAAAAAGUAGCUCUAAAACUGAUGAAAAACUCUGACACUAGACAAGGAAUUCACCGUAAAAACCUGUUUGAAAGCGAAGUUGCAGUUCUGAAGGAACUAGAUAGCGAGAACAUAUUAAAACUCAAGGAUAGUGAUGUCAGUGCUCCUGUUACAAAUACAUUGGGAAAAGUAGUAGACUUAAGCUACAUUGCACUGGAAUAUGCUCAGAAUGGCGAAUUAUUUGACUAUGUUGCCAAUGGAGAAAAAUUCAGCGAACGAACAACUAGGUUCUUCUUUCACCAGAUUGUAGACACUCUGAAGUACAUGCAUUCGAAAGGAUACUCCCAUAGAGACAUCAAGCCUGAGAAUAUCCUCUUCGGCAGUGACUUCACUUUGAAGUUUGCCGAUUUUGGGUUUUCAACCAAAAAGGACAUCUGUUCUCAAAGAAGGGGCACUUUUGGUUAUAUGGCUCCUGAGGUGUUAGCGAAUGAAGCUCAUGAUCCUAAGAAGGCUGAUAUAUUCUCUGCAGCUGUGAUCUUGUUCAUCAUGACAACAAAGCACUGUCCAUUUAUCAAAGCAGACCCGAACGAUAAAUAUUACAAAUUACUCAUUAAAGGUGACAUUGAACAGUUUUGGACACUGCACGAAAACUCGAAUGGAGAAUCUAAACAAUUCUCUGAAGACUUCAAGGACUUGAUGACUGGGAUGCUCAGCUUUGAUCCCUCUGAGAGGUUCUCCCUUGAAGACAUCCAGAAUCAUUCCUGGUACAACGGACCGGUUGCAAAGAAGGAAGAUAUUGAAUUUGAAUUCAGACUUCGGAAGAAGGCUCUGGCAGGAAGUGACGAAACAUCCGGUCAAAAAGAAGAGAAUAAGGAUUGAGUGACGGCUAACAAAAAUUCUGAUAUUUCUGAUGAGUCAGAAGAAUCCACUAAAUCUAGAGAUGUCGAGAUGACCAGCAGCGAGUCUGAAGACUUAGUCACAAACUACAUCACUGUGCCAGAUGGAGAUAUACUAGUUGAUGUAGUGGUCUGGUACUGCACGUCAAAAAAUUACUCUUAUGUAAAAUCUCCUAACUUCUAUCGUGUCAACAUUGAAGUAGGUGAACACCAUAAUAAAGCAGAGAUACAGGUGAACAUUCUGAAGAAGAAGAAAGAUGGCAAGCGGGCCGUUGAGUUUAAGACUCUUUCUGGUUCGAAGUGUUUAACUUCAGCUGUCUUCACCGAUUUUCAAAAAUUUACCAAAACUCAUGGAACUGAGUUCUCUAAUUAAAAUACUUUUAUUGAUUAAAUACUUGCUUAA